CGGUGGGGUCACGUGACAACGCCUUUGGCUCGCGGACACACAGAAGAGUCCCAAACCGAGUCCGGUGAAACGUUCAAUCAGAGCAGGGUCGCCGCUGCGUAACUAACCGCCAUGACGGCCAACGAAAACUAAGAGGUUCUGCGACGACGUUAGCACAAGGUCCUCCUGCCCCCCGAGCGGUCCAUGCUGGACGCCCUGAUCUCUCGGCAUUAGGAUCCGCGCGGCUGGGAGAGACGACGCCCGCAGUGCCACCCGACCCAACAUGAUGGCCACCAGCGACGUGGACACCCGGGGUGAAGGUUCUUUGUUUUCCGACCCAAUUCCAUCAGAAAUGGAUGCGCUUUGUCCUUCUCCUCCAGGACCCACCAGACCCCAACGUACCUAUGAGAGGAUCGGAGGACGGGAGGGAACCUCUUUCUGUCAGACUCUCAUCCACCUGUUGAAGGGAAACAUCGGCACGGGGCUACUGGGGCUGCCGCUGGCGGUGAAGAACGCCGGCCUGGUGCUCGGACCCAUCAGCCUGCUGUGCAUGGGCGUCAUAGCGGUCCACUGUAUGAGGCUGCUGGUGAAAUGUUCCCACCACCUCAGUGCCAAGAUGGACCGUCCGUCUCUAAGUUACGGCGAGGCGAUGGAGUACGGGAUGGAGAACGUGUCGUGGCUGAGGAGACACUCUCAGUGGGGAAAACAUAUAGUGAACUUGUUUCUAAUCAUCACGCAGCUGGGCUUCUGCUGUGUCUACUUUGUCUUCCUCAGUGACAAUAUCAAGCAGGUGGUGGAAGCCGCCAACACCACCACCUUCAGCUGCCAGAUGAACUACACCAACCAGACUCAGCUCCUGGUGCCGAGCUUCGACUCGCGCCUCUACAUGCUCUGCUUCCUGCCCCCCAUCAUCCUGCUGGUUUUCACCCCCGACCUCCGGUACCUGGCCCCCCUCUCUCUGGUGGCCAACCUGAUGAUGACGGCCAGCCUGAUUCUCAUCUACUUCUACUCGCUCACGAACAUCAAGUACCCCAUCGACCUCCCCAAAGUGGGCCGAGCCAAGGACUACCCCCUCUUCUUUGGGACGGCCAUCUUUGCCUUUGAAGGGAUCGGAGUGGUUCUUCCCCUGGAGAACAAGAUGCAGAGGCCUCAGAGGUUCAUCCCCGUUCUGUAUUCGGGAAUGGGUAUCGUCACCUUCCUCUACAUCAGCCUCGGCACCAUCGGGUACAUGUGCUUCGGGGAGCACAUUGGAGGGAGUAUCACGCUCAACCUGCCCAACUGCUGGACGUACCAGACUGUGAAGCUGCUCUACUGCUUCGGUAUCUUCAUCACCUUCGCCCUGCAGUUCUACGUCCCCGCAGAGAUCCUCAUCCCGCCUGUGAUGGAGCGCGUGUCGCAGAGGUGGAAGACGCCCGUCAACCUGCUGCUGCGCUCCUUCAUGGUCGUCUUCACGUGCGCCCUCGCCGUCCUCAUCCCGGAGCUGGACCUCGUCAUCUCGCUGGUGGGCUCGGUGAGCAGCAGCUUCCUGGCGCUGAUCUUCCCCCCCAUCCUCGAGCUGCUGACCUUCCACACGGAGGGCGCGCUGUCGCCGCUGGUGACCGCCAAGAACGUGGCGGUCAGCCUGAUCGGGCUGGUCGGGUUCCUGGCGGGGACGUACAUCGCCGUGGAGCAGAUCGUGGAGCGCAACGCGCUGAAGCACGUGGACGCGCUCGCCGCCUUCAGCGUGCAGUGAAGGCGGCGAGCGCGGGCCGAAGAGGAAACGAAAUGUAUUAUUUGACAUUCUCCUUUUGUCUCUGCUGCCAAAGGAUGUGGCGGCCAUUUUGAAGGCCUCAUCGCGCCUCUGCUUACGAGUUCCUCUCAUUCCGUCACGUCCUAGAUGUUUGGUGUCAUGAAACGUAUUGUGAUAAAGAUUAUUCCUUCAGAGGAUUCAACGGUGGUUUUAGGGGGUUAGUUUUCAUUUAGAAACCAAACUACUUUGCGUAAUGGAAUCACGUGGUUGAUGCUGAUCUUUUGGUGGACUGGUUUCACAAACUGCUUCUCAAUAAGCGCUUUUAGACUUUGACCAUCGAACACCUUGUUUUUUUGUAUUUCUUUUUUUCUUUGAUUCAUGCCUUAUCCAGUGAAACAAUGAACUACUUUGAGAUGCACAACCUGGACUUUAAUCGAGUAACUUUGGGCCAAAUGAGAGAGUCUGGUGGUUGGGUUUGUUGCUCAUUUUGUCCACAGAAAAUAUGUCUGGUCCUAAAUGGAACUUAAAGUGUCCAUGUUAUAAUCCACGCACUUUAAACACACGGUCCGUACAUCGCAUAUUAGCGAGUCUCGUAUUUUAGCUCUGAAUCCUUUUUACGUGGAUCCGCCCUCGUUAGAGAACCUGGAUGCUCUUUGUACCGUUUGGACCAGAGGGGGGGUGGGGGGGGGCUCUUUCAGGGCUUCCGUAGUGUUUUCAUCCUGAUCUGCUGUGAUGGCGAGCUGCUGGAGACGAUUCCCGAUGUCCGUAUGUACAUAAAAGCUUAAUUUAUCUCCUUAAAGGACUGUCUGUGCAGUGUAAUAACUCCCCAAAUUCAUUCAGACUAACCUCAAAGGGAAAAGAGACGUUGAACUUUGACUUUUUAUGUAUUUACUGUACAUCAGAUUUAAUGUCUUUUUCUUGUUUUUUACGGUCUACAUAUUUUUUUGCAGUCAAGACUUUCGAAAAGUCAGAUUUAAAAAAAUACUCAAAUCCCAGAAGAAAAUCAUUUUGUCAACAAAACAAUGAAUUGGUCAUAUCAAACUUUAAAAAAAAAACUUUUCUCCAUCUACAAUAUAUGACGUUUUGUUGUAUUAACGGCAUUAAUAGUUGGUGUUUUUUUCUUUCUUGCACAUUAAGCAUUUUUGAGAAUGUCCCACAUGGCUCUGCUUAUAAAAUGAGUCUAAGACACGGGUGUUAAUUACAGACCUUUUUGGUGUUGAUUCAUAAAUCUGCUUUGUUCAUCCCUAAAGAUGGUUCUAAAGCUUCUGCACUGUUGUGUUUUCAGUGUUUAUGUGACUCAAAGCGAUGAGCCUUAUGUGUAUAUAUCUAGUCUAGUGUAGCCAUUUGUUGCGCAUGGAGAUGUCCACUUACAAAAUGAUCAUCCUCAUUUUACAUUUCCAUUUUCCCAUGUUCUGUCGCGGGACACCUUUAUAAUGAGGUGCAGCGUCACGACAAAGACAAAAUGCACUUUGCGGCCAUAAUGUUACGGCAAAAAAGUUAAUUCAUAUAGUUUAUAAUUUGAUUUAUUUUUUUGAGCGAAUGCACAAUUACAGAGCCCCAGUUUUAAAAAGCUGCACUCCCCAAAUGUUUGACAUUUCUAUUUAAUAAAUUGUAACUGACCAUUCGUAUGUAAAUGUAACUCUUUCAUCUCUUUAUUCCCUCAUUAAUAAAUAACUAAAGUAUC